GGUUGAACUUGCAUUUACUUGAAUGGGGGGUGGGGAGGUGGGUCCGAUAUUAAUGUUAUAAGGCUUAUAGUCAAAUCAAUCUCAUAUUCUAUCAAUAUCGGCUCUUUGAACAUAGGAUCCGCCCACCACCACAACAGCAUACUGAGGUUUUAGGAAAAUCAGUGUGCGGUACUGUAACCAGAAAAAUUUCUUUAGCAAAUUGAUUUUAUGCACGUUUUCCAUAUUUAGAACACCCCCUUUUACAGCUUAUACUUCCGUCUUCUUGGCUGAUGUUCAUUAUAUACAUUAUGUAGAUAUCAAUCCAAGAAUAAAAGUCCGCUUUACACCAAAAAAAAUGUCGUUAGGUGCCCCCCCCGGGGGGGGGUGUUGUAAUAUUUUAAUUUAAAAUUGACUUCAUAGGGUACCUCUUUACACUUUCAACAAAGCAGCGGAAAGAUUUUCCAGCAAUCAAGGGUUGCAUUGGAAUUUUGGAGGCGGGGGUGCCCCCGGCAGUGCCUGUGGCGAAGCCACCCCAAAAUGUUGGGUAUUUUCCAGGCCUAAACAAUUCUCCGCUCCCCGGCGCCGAGUUGAUCGAGUCUGAGCCUGGAGCGGAAUUUUACGGCCGAGCUGGAACGGAGGCGGCGGCAGAAGCGGCAGCUGCAGCGGGAGGGGCUGGCAGGGACCCACCGCCCUUCCUCUUCAGCCUCCCGUCCUCGGCCCGGUUCGCUCUCGCCGACCAGACCGGCUUGUGGCCUGAGGAGCAGGCGGCUCAAGCAACAGCAGCGCCGGCGUCUCCCUUCCGCAUUUCCCUGGGUCUCUCUCGGGCAGUGACGUGACGUGCUGACGGCGGCCCGGCCCGGGGAGCUUGGCCGCUUCCACUCAGCUCCGAGCUCGGCCCCUCCCUCCCCUCCGCUCCCGCCCGCCCCGCCGCAGCGACACUACCACCGAGCUCGGCCCUGCUACACGAAGAAAGGCCUCCCAGAGCCCAUCGCCGCCCCGCCCGGUAAGCAGCGCGGGACAGGCCCGAGCUAGGCCUUCACCCCCGCGCGGAACCAGGCCUCGGCGCCCGCAGCGAUACAGGCCCCGAGAAGGCCGCAGCUAGGCCGCGCCAGGGCUCCGUCCUGCAGGACUGGGCCGUAGGCCGUGCUCGGGGGGGCUGGGGAGAUGCCGCUCAGCUUCGAGAACAGGAUGAGGCAGCGGACUCUUGUCAGACAUUGUGACUGAUGAGAGUUAAAGGCCAUGGAUGAAGAUGGACUUGAACUACAGCCACAUGAUCCACAUGCAUUUUUUGCUCCUACAGGAACUGAUGGAACACAUUUGAAUGGAAAUGAAUUUGUGGUAGAAAUACAGGAAACGGUAUAUGUAUCAGAUGUGGAAGAUUCUGACAUAACUGUUCAUAACUUUGUCCCUGAUGAUCCAGAUUCUGUAGUAAUCCAAGAUGUCAUUGAGGACGUUGUUAUAGAAGAUGUUCAGUGUCCAGAUAUCAUAGAAGAUACAGAUGUAUCUCAAACUGUUGUUAUAUCUGAACCAGUGCUGGACACUAAUGUCACGGAAGAAGUGUCUUUGGCACACUGUACUGUUCCAGAUGAUGUUUUAUCCUCCGAGAUCACAGCGACAGCAAUGUCAAUACCAGAGCAUGUACUCACAAGUGAGUCAAUACAUGUACCUGAUGUUGGACAUAUGGAACAUGUCGUUCAUGAUCAUAAUAACGUUGUAGAAGCAGAAAUUGUCACAGAUUCUCUGGGAGAGGAUGUAGUUUCAGAAGUGUUGGUAGCAGACUGUGGCUCUGAAGCUGUAAUUGAUGCCAGUGGAAUACCUGUGGAACAAGAUGAUGACAAGGGCAACUGUGAAGAUUACCUUAUGAUUUCCUUGGAUGAUGCUGUCAAGACGGAAAGUGACAUUUCUGAUGAAAUUACUAUAAAAGCUGAGUCAGGAAGUGAUCCUUGUAAAAUGGAUGGCCUAUGCCCAGAAGUCAUCAAGGUUUAUAUUUUCAAAGCUGAUCCUGGAGAAGAUGAUUUAGGAGGCACUGUAGACAUUGUGGAAAGUGAAUCUGAGAAUGACCAUGGGGAGACAUUGAUUAAUCAAAAUAGCAGUGUUCGUAUUCCAAGAGAAAAAAUGGUUUAUAUGACAGUAAAUGAUUCUCAACAUGAAGAUGAAGAUUUAAAUGUUGCAGAAAUUGCUGAUGAGGUCUAUAUGGAAGUGAUUGUUGGAGAGGAGGAUGCAGCAGCCGCUCAUGAGCAGCAACUUGAUGACAAUGACAUUAAAAGCUUUAUGCCAAUAGCUUGGGCAGCAGCUUAUGGUAAUAACACUGAUGCAGUUGAAAAUCGGAAUGGAACUGCGAGUGCCCUCUUGCACAUAGAUGAGUCUACUGCACUUGGAAGACUAGCAAAACAGAAACCAAAGAAGAGGAGGAGGCUGGAAUCCAGACAAUACCAAACAGCAAUAAUAAUCGGGCCUGAUGGCCAUCCUUUGACAGUCUACCCUUGUAUGAUUUGUGGGAAGAAAUUUAAAUCCAGAGGCUUCUUGAAAAGGCAUAUGAAAAAUCACCCAGAGCACCUUCUUGCUAAGAAAAAAUACCGAUGCACUGACUGCGAUUACACUACAAAUAAAAAGUUAAGUUUGCAUAACCAUCUAGAGAGCCACAAGCUUACCACCAAGACUGAGAAGCUAAUUGAAUGUGAUGAAUGUGGGAAAAGCUUCUCUCAUGCAGGAGCUUUGUUUACACACAAGAUGGUGCACAGGGACAAGGCAGCAAAUAAAAUGCACAAAUGCAAAUUCUGCGAGUAUGAGACAGCAGAGCAGGGAUUACUGAAUCGUCACCUUUUGGCUGUACACAGCAAGAACUUUCCUCAUAUUUGUGUGGAAUGUGGUAAGGGAUUUCGACACCCAUCAGAGCUCAAAAAACACAUGCGAAUCCACACUGGUGAAAAGCCCUAUCAGUGCCAAUACUGUGAGUACAGGUCUGCUGACUCCUCCAACCUGAAAACUCACGUAAAAACUAGACACAGUAAGGAAAUGCCCUUCAAGUGUGACAUUUGUUUUCAGAUAUUUUCAGAUACCAAAGAGCUGCAACAGCACAUCCUUAUGCAUCAAGAAAGCAAAACACAUCAGUGUCUCCAUUGUGACCACAAAAGCUCCAAUUCAAGUGAUUUAAAGCGACACAUAAUUUCCGUUCACACAAAGGACUACCCCCACAAGUGUGACAUGUGCGACAAAGGCUUUCAUAGGCCAUCGGAACUGAAAAAACAUGUUGCAGUGCACAAAGGUAAAAAACUGCACCAGUGCAGACAUUGUGACUUUAAGAUUGCAGACCCAUUUGUUCUAAGUCGCCAUAUUCUCUCAGUUCACACAAAAGAUCUUCCGUUCAGGUGUAAGAGAUGUAAGAAGGGGUUCAAGCUGCAAAUGGAACUCAAAAAACACAUGAAAACGCACAGUGGUAGAAAGGUUUAUCAGUGUGAAUACUGUGAGUAUAGCACUACAGAUGCCUCAGGUUUCAAACGGCAUGUUAUAUCUAUUCAUACAAAAGACUACCCCCACCGUUGUGAGUUCUGCAAGAAAGGCUUCCGAAGGCCUUCAGAGAAGAACCAACACAUUAUGCGGCACCAUAAGGACUUGGGUUACCAUGAGGACUUUACUAGAUUUUAUGAAUUUGGGGACGGAGUAUGUAAAAGAUACUGCUUUCUAGGCAGUUGUAUUUUAAAGCAGAUCACACAAGCGAAAUAUUGUGCAUUUGAUUUAGUGCUGUAUACAGAUAAGAUUAUUGCUUCUAGUUGACUUUUAUACAUUUGUUCAUUAGUGUGUUCUGAAUUCUCUUCCGUUUGUUUAAUACAUGAGUAAGGAUGGCAACAAUAAAGUUGCAUUUAAUAAAGUAAACCCUGUCUCAUACUGAAUUUUUCAACCACAAUAGUUCUUUUGAAAUAUUUACCUUACCAACAUGGUUCAUAUUCAGUGACUGUACUAACUCAGUUUUGUUAUAGGUUCAAAGAGAGUUUUUUAAUUUGCUCUUAUAAAGAAGUCACACAGAGAUCUGUAUAAAAUAACUUGGAAGAAAUAUUAAUGUCAAAAGAUAGAAUUGUACCAUAGGACCCACUUAACUGUCUCAUUUGGUAUUAAGGAACCUGUGACACAUGAAUAUUCAUUUGAGUAGUUAGGCGCCAAAUCAGUACUAUUUUCUAUUAUUUGGGGUUCUUUUUACAUAGCACUUAAUUCUUCCAUAAGAAGUAGGGAAUACUUUGGUUGCUGGGAGCAUUGCUUUUCAAUAGGUGUGAAUUUUAAAGGAAAACUUGAGGCACUUGUUCAUAAGUAUUAAUUAUCUGCUUCUCUACCUUUUUGGUUCUGUAUUGCAAGUGUAUUUGUGUUUUGAAAUGUAUUACUGAUUCAUAGUAAGUACAGAUAUGUUUGUUUCAGUUGUUGACAGGAUAGAUUUCCCAAUUGACUAUUGUUAAGUUUACCCCAAAUUAAAUGCAAUUUUAUUACAAGAUUCCAUGAAACUAUAUGAAAUAUUUAGUACAAUUACAUUUUAAUUACACUCCAACAGCUUUGAAGAAUUUUCAAAGAUUAUAUGCUAUUUAGAAGAACAUGAGAGAGUGAAGAAUAGAAUCAGAUGUGGAUUUUUUUUAAUAUAAAGCAUUUAUUUUCCUGCAGUUUCUCUUAUGUUUUCUUUAUUACUUUUUUAGGAUCACAGAAUUUUUCUUAACAGAAUAAUUUCAGUAAGAAUUGAGUAGUUCUUCAAACCUGUGGUUUAUUAAGCAGUAAUUUUCUAGAAUGUAUCUAGUUCUUCUUAGCAGUUUAUAAACUUCUGGAUGUUGCAGUUACCACCUGUUCUCCUAUUACCUGAAAACUAUUGUUGAGGCAAAGCUGCAGUAGUCUACUUUGUAGCAAACAAGUACUCUAUGAAUGUACAAAGAUCAGUUGUUGUUUUUAAAGUAUGAAUUUCAAAGCAUGCUGUAAAGAAUUUCAUCUUUCAGGUGGUGUAUAGAUACUAUGUUUGUUGCCCAAAAAGAAGAAAGUGUUAGGACACCUUGGUGCGUGUGUGUUUGCUUGCUUGGUCCCUACCACUACUUUUGGUCCCCGAACUGGAGUGGUCGAAUAUAAUAAAAAUGAGAUGCAAGUUCCAAAUAAGCAGUUUUUGCACCAUGCCUCUCCCACUUCUCACCUCCUUUUCCCUUUCAUCAUACACAUGAUACCCAAAGGAAUCAGUUGUGUUUCACUUUGUGGUAUGUCCCUGGAGAAUAUUAUGUUCAUAUGUUCCUUUGGAUAUCCCAAUAUUUCUAGUUAACUGGUUUGCUAAUAGAAAACUAGAAUUAUUGUAUCAGAUAGCCAUAUGUAAACAAAGAAAUUAACUUGAACAUCUAGUUGUAAGCAAACCUAAGGCUUUCUCUGUUAGAUCUGAUUUAUGUGGAGCUGUUUUUCUGACCUUUCAACAUGUCCAUACUGUUGCAUGUUUACCAGUCUUCUGGGAAAUGUGUGACAUGAAUUGGCAUACUCAUGAGCUCUGAUUGUGAUGUUAUGCAGAAUCCUGUAGAGAUUGGUGACUCUAUUGCUAGAUCAGGAUCCUAAAACCUGCUUCUAAAAGCACAUGCACUCAUUGAUGCAAGUAUUUUCAGGAUCCAGCAGGUGCUCCUCUUUUCACAGCAGUCUUGCUCAAAUUUCCAAAUAAACUUUAUGCUCAAGUGAUUUUCAAGCCCAUUAAAAUGUUAAACCUCCUCAAUUUCCCAGGCUAUUCCUGAAAAGUAUUAAUCCUAUUGGAAAAUUACUUCCUUGAAAAUCACCAAGAAUAAUAAUUAAAUAAUAAUAAUAAUCCUUGACCAACUUACUAUUUCUUGAAUAUCUAAAAUCAAAAUACAAGCAUAAUUUUGGAACCUUUAAAAAAGAAAGCAAUUACGAGUUUAGUGAAGUCAAUUUUUGUACAAUGUGUUUGUAUAAAGAGCAAAUAAAAACUAGUUAUUGUUAAUGUACUGGUAUUAGUUACAGGCUACUUUUAUUUGAUUAGCAAAUGCUAUAACAUUGAUAUUUCAUUUCCAUGCUUCAAAAGGUACAUUUUUUAAAAACAUGGACAUAAUAUAAAUAAUUGUUCUGUAAAGAUGCUUAUUAAAUACUCUAUGUCCCUCCCUCUGUACACUUUGUAAAAAUGAAAAAAGAACAAAUUACAGUACUCAUUUAUAGGGAUGUGUGACGUUGUAAUGUGUACUUGAUAAUGUGAAAAAAUAAAAAUCAGACUAUUUUCCUGUUAA